CCCCACCAUCCUUACACGUCUGGCACUCCGUAUUCUUGGGAAAAGGCAUGUGCGUUAAUUUCGGAAAGGCACCGGAGGCCGUUCAUCUGUCAGUUGACAUUUGGACCUCCAGCCUUGCUGCGCUUUGCGGCCUCCACCUCUAGCCAUGCGCACUACCCUACUCACACGGCUGGCUCUCCUAAGUUUCAUUGUCUGGCUCUCUUUCUAUGUGUGGCUUCGGCAGUCUUCUCGAAUUGCCUCGCAAUUUCCGGGUCUGCGAUGGCCCGGCCUCCUGCGGCCUCAACGUGAAGACCUCGCUCCUCAUCGAAACUCCACCGCGGACCCCGAGAUUCUGAAUUUUUGGCAGGCCUGGACCGAAAACAUACUGAUUGCUAGACCGAAAGCGCGCCCUGUAAGAGUGACCGGUCCUGCGCCGAACACGCCUGCUCCGAUAGAUCCACUGGCGAUUCGCAAGCCUCCACUUAGCUAUGUCCAAUUGGCAGAGGAAGACGUGGACCAAUUGAGACAUUCACAUGCACAAUUCAAGAGCUACGUCGACAACCUUGAUGCCACGACUGCUGCCGAGGAACUCUAUAAAGGCAUAGGUGUGAUAACCGUGGCUGGUGGGGAGUACUACGGCCCCGCAAUUGUGGGAAUUAAUCUUUUGAGGCAGACUGGUUCGACUCUACCGGUCGAAGUGUUUCUAGCCUCAUGGGACGAGUAUGAAGCUGCACUGUGUGAGGAUACAUUGCCAGCUCUGGGUGCUAAAUGUGUGGUUAUUGAUGACUAUCUCAAGCCACAGCAAGAGUCAGGUGCAGACUCGAAGUCCAAUGGAGGGCUGCACGUUACACACUAUCAACUGAAGGCGCUAGCAUUGAUUCUUAGUUCUUUUCAGCACGUCCUUUACAUUGAUUCGGACUCGAUACCACUUGUGGAUCCAGAACAGGAACUGUUCUCCAGCGAAGCAUACAUGACGACCGGACUGGUGGGCUGGCCGGACUUCUGGCAAAGCUCAGAGCAUCCACGCUUUUACGAGAUAGCCGGACUGGGCGAAACUUUCCCAAAUGAUUUGCCAGCAUCUACUAGCGAGGCUGGCCAAUUGUUACUGAACAAAGUCGUGCAUCUGAAGACGCUACUUCUGGCUGCAUACUAUAACGUGUGGGGGCCCGAAUAUUACUACCCAUUGCUCAGUCAGGGCGCUAUGGGUGAAGGUGACAAGGAAACUUUUACAACGGCCGCGUACGUAUUAAAACAACCAUACUAUCGUGUCAAGACUCCGGUCAAGUCGAUUGGACGGAAAAUAGCUGGCAUUUACAAAGGCACGGCGAUGGUGCAAUGGCAUCCAAUCGACGACUACAACAAGUACGUGAAGCCUGAAGCGGUCCAUAAACGUCAGGUGGAUAAGCCUCUCGGCUCAAUUGAGGCUGCAUUGCGCCCUGCGUUUGUCCAUUCCAACACACCAAAAAUGAAUGCUGGCCAUUUGGUUGAUGAGGGGGAUCUGGAAGACGAGUCAACGGGGAAGAGCCUGCGCCUGUGGGGUCCUGUCGCUGAACAGCAGGCUAUAUUUGGCGACGACCUUGAGAAACGAGUGUGGUUAGUCCUUGUUCGCAUCGGUUGCGAGCUUGAGAAUACAUUAAAGGAAUGGCGCGGACGGAAAAAUCUGUGCAAGAGAUUGAAGAAGCAUUGGCUCAAUGUAUUUGAAGUAACGUGAGAAAUCCCAGAUCUCGACUCUCGUUUCGCCGGGCAUGAAUCGACAUGAAAAGGUACGGCGGUUGCAUUGCUGUGAUGGCAUUGUGAAUAUAGUAUUGUACCGCAGGAAAGUCUACGCUAUCCGUUGCGGAAGCCAUGAUGGUGAGAAUCUGCAGCAUGCUCGCAUAGCAAGCUGCCGCACUUUGCUAUUUGAGAUGAAGAACAACGCGAAGCCCAUCUAUUUCUAGGAGCGAGUCGUUCGUCGACGAAGAGUAGCAGUGUGAAUUGUCGAGGAACUGCCUGAUUUCCCCUGACGUGAUGGCUUCGCUUCGUUUGUG